GAUGAUGCAGAUCUAUUGUCAGCAUUCGAAGAAGAUACAGAUGUGAUCGAUUUAACACACUUACGGUUGACUUCCAAAUCUUUACGGAAGAUGCCUUUGGAAAAAUUUGUCAAAUUGCAACGACUACAUCUACGUCAAAAUGAAAUCAGCAAAUUCACCGAAAAGGAUAUUGGCUCACUGCAUGAACUGCAAGAGCUUGACAUGUACGAUAACAGUUUGGAGAAAACGUAUGGAGAAGUUUUGAAAGGAUGUCCAAACCUCGAAACGUUGGAUCUAUCGUUCAAUGCUAUCCGACACAUCUCACACCUAAGCCAUCUUUCAAAGUUGCAUACCCUUUAUCUCGUGCAAAAUAAGAUCGCCAAAGUUAGACCAGACGAUUUGGCAGCUCCGUUGGGAUUAACACUGAAAAGUCUGGAAUUGGGUAGUAACCGAUUACGAUCGUUGGAGAAUAUCGGUCAUCUCACACAGCUGGAAGAGCUUUGGGUGGGUAAAAAUAAGAUCACCAAGCUGGAAGGUCUGGAUGAAUUGGCAAAUCUACGCAUCUUAUCGAUACAGUCUAAUCGCAUCACGAAGUUAGAGAACCUGGAUAAAUUACACAAUCUGGAAGAAUUGUACCUAUCGCAUAACGGUUUGGAACGUAUUGAAGGGUUAGAAAACAACGUAAAGCUAACCACGCUUGAUAUUGGAGCGAACAAGGUCAAAGAGAUCGAAAAUGUGGGCCAUUUGAAAAACCUUGAAGAAUUUUGGGCAAACGAUAAUCAAAUCGCAACGAUCAAUCAAUUAGAGAAACAAUUAGGACCGAGCUUAUGUCCUGCUCUCAAUACUGUUUAUCUGGAAGGCAAUCCGGCACAAAGAACUGAAGGAGCUCAUUAUCGCUUCAAAGUUAAAUUAGCUUUGCCUCAAAUCAAGCAAAUUGACGCAACUUUUGUACGAUAG